AUGGCGAUUGAACCUCUCCGUGACAAUCUGGACAACCUCGCAGCAACCGCCCAACCGUAUGGUGAUUCCUCUUCCCACCAACAACUCACCGUGUACAACUACGACCUGAGUGGUCCACUUUCAACAGUUCUCUCCCCAGCCAACCAAGUAAGUAUCAACAGCAGCCAUGGACAAAACAAAUUUCAGAUUGCUGCAGGGGGUAGCCCUGAGCACCGCCGAAUCAGAUCAAACGAUGCUCUUCACUACAUAAGCCAGAUGCUGAUGGAAGACGUUGACGAAGAGGUCGACAUAUGCCAAGGGGCUGCUCUUCAGGCUACUGAGAAGCCAUUCCGUGAUAUUCUAGGUGAGGUAUACGUGUCGCCUACUAACUGGCCGCCAUUGCAUAGCAACAACAAACCAGACAACCCUGAUAAGGACUAUUCCAGUUACAAUGUGUUACAACCUUCAGCAACUCCGCUGUGUCCAUAUAUCUGCAAUAGGAGUCCUUUUUUACCAAACCAGCCUUUGAUAAGUGUUGGAUGGACUUCCGGAUCUGGCUUCCCUGCCUUGCAUGGUCAGAGAGGUGUCGGGGAGGAAAGAACCUUUGCUCCAAGUAUUGAUAAGCUGGUGAUAUAUUCAAAGAAUAACAUAGUUUAUAUUUCCCAACUGACUACGAAGGCGAAAGUAAGAGAGAGGACCGAAAACACAAUCUUUGAGGUGUCAGACCUAAGGGCUUGGGAUAUCUUUCAAGGAAGGAGCAAUAAACACCAUGCCAUCACCACUUGUGCAAUAAUUCGAAAUGAAAAUUUCGACAAAGUUCUACUAUGCUAUGGUCAUUCUGGCCGAAUAACAAGACUGGAAGAAAGGAUGGCGGGGGAAGGAAACAAGACCUCACUGAAAGGCCGGAGCAGAAGUAGGAAGCAACCGAGGAAAGAGUUGGUUGAUCUCAGGACUCUCCUCAUCCACUGCGCACAAGCUGUGGCAGAACAUAGCUACCUGUUGGCCAGCGAACUGCUAUUGAAGAUAAGGCACCACUCUUCAGCAGAUGGUGAUUGUACUCAGAGACUGGCAUUUUACUUGGCGGAUGGCCUCAAGUCACGCUUGGCUGGGACCGGGAGUCAGGUUUAUCGCAACCUCGUGGAAAGGCGAACAAGUACCGUAGAUUGGUUAGAGGCUUAUAGCCUUUUUCUUGCAGCUUUCCCUUUCGGAAGGGCGUCAUACUAUUUUGCCAACCAAGCUAUUCUUGAUGUCUCACAAGGGAAACCAAGGGUACACAUCGUUGAUUUCGGCAUUGGCUUCGGCUUUCAGUGGCCAUUAAUGAUUCAGAAUUUUGCACAGCAAGAAGAGGGAGCCCCUAAGCUUCGGAUCACAGGUAUAGACGUUCCCCAGCCAGGUUUCCGCCCCUGCGAAAUGAUCGAGGAGACAGGGAAGCGGUUGGCUGAUUACGCAAAUAGGUUCAACGUACCAUUCCAGUAUCAGGGCAUUGCCGCUUCAAGAUGGGAGACAAUCAAAAUUGAGGAUCUUAACAUUGACGAGGAUGAAGUUCUCAUAGUGAACUGCAUGUUCCGGAUGAAGAAUCUUGGUCAUGAAACUGAUGCCGUAAAUGGUGCAAGGGAUAAGGUGCUCAAAACUAUGUGGAGGAUGAACCCGAAGAUUUUUAUUUCUGGCACCGUGAAUGGGUUACUCAGUUCUCCCUUCUUCAUACAACGUUUCAAAGAGGUUAUGCUCUAUUACUCUUCAAUAUUUGACAUGCUUGAUGCAAAUGUUCCACGUGAUAAUGAAGCAAGAAAGAUGAUUGAGAGGAUCCUAUUUGGGCAGGAUGCUCUUAACAUCAUAGCAUGUGAGGGCGCAGACAGAACUGAGAGGCCGGAAUGUUACAGGCAGUGGCAAGCAAGGUGCCUCAAGGCUGGGUUCCAGCAGCUUCCUGUCGAUCCAGCCAUCCUAAAGAACAUAGUACACAGGAAGAAGUUAUUGUUUCAUGAGGAAUUCUUUGCUGUUGAAGAUUGCGGCUGGCUGCUACAAGGAUGGAAAGGGAGAGUACUUUAUGCUCUAUCUAAAUGGAAACCUAAUGAAACAUAUGAGGACCAGUAA